GACCUUUGACCUGAAACGACUUUUGACCUACUUAGAAAAAGAGACGUGGCGCGUAGCGUUCGUGUUUUGAAAUUUAAAAACCAGCAUUUUCAAGAGAUUGCAAUAUAAAUUAAGUUUCGACCAUGACAUCAAGUUCUGAGGUACCCAGAAUUGACUUGGACCAGCCCAGAUGGGACCAGUCCACGUUCCUGGGCAGACUGAAGCACUUCGCUAACCUGACGGACAUGAGAACUGUGCUCAGCAGUGAUGGCACGCUGAACGAAGCCAGAGAUCUGGUCACAAAAUACAGACUAGGUGCCACGCCACCUGGCACAACAGAGGAGCAGCUGUGGUAUGCCAAGAAGCUGUACGACUCUGCCUUCCACCCGGACUCGGGUGAGCUGCAGAACAUGAUUGGUCGGAUGUCCUUCCAGGUGCCGGGUGGUAUGCUAAUCACGGGAUUCAUGCUGCAAUUCUAUAGGACAAUACCAGCAGUAGUAUUCUGGCAGUGGAUUAAUCAGUCCUUCAAUGCUCUGGUCAACUACACCAACAGGAAUGCAGCAUCAGCAAUAACUACCAAACAGAUUGGUACAGCUUACGUCACAGCAACCACAGCAGCUGUAGCAGUGUCUGUGGGCCUUAACUCUCUCACAUCGAGAGCCCCACAGCUGAUGCAGCGCUUUGUGCCUUUUGCAGCAGUGGCUGCAGGAAACUUCGCUAAUAUACCCCUCAUGAGACAAAGGGAACUCAUGAAUGGCAUUUUAGUUACUGAUGGCAAUGGGAAUGAACUUGGGAAGUCCAAGAAAGCAGCAAAAAAGGGAAUUUUCCAAGUGUUUGUGUCCAGAGUAUCCAUGGCUGCACCUGGGAUGUUGCUCUGUCCUAUCAUCAUGCAGAAACUGGAGAGGUAUAGAUGGAUGCAGAGAAUAACAUUCCUCCAUGGCCCCAUACAAGUCAUGUUGGUUGGAUGCUUCCUUGUGUUCAUGGUGCCUACAGCCUGUGCCCUAUUCCCUCAAAGAGCUUCCUUAGCUGUAGAGAAAUUGGAGCCUGAUCUUAGAGCAUCCAUCCAGGAGAAAUAUGGAGACACGAUCAAGACUGUGUACUUCAACAAGGGGCUGUGAUGAUGGCAGUUUUUAGUCAAGAUAGCAAUAUGAGCAUGGCAUUUGAUAUCUU